GCGGGUUCCACCGGGGGGCCGGACCCGCUGGGUGGGUGGGGAGUGCUGCUGGUAACCCGGCAGCCGCGGAGAGAGAGAAGAGUAUAAAUGCCAGAGCCAUUUAACUGAUGGGUAGCUGCUGAAUUCUGACACUUCCUUAAAUACCUUCUUGAACCAACAUCUUCACUGGGAGGAAUUCAGGAAAAGUAGCAGAGGGAAGGAGAGAUCACAUUUCUGUGUACCAUGGCUAUACCAAUAACAGUGCUUGACUGUGAUCUCUUGCUCUAUGGCCGAGGUCACCGCACACUGGACCGCUUUAAGCUGGAUGACGUGACUGAUGAAUACUUGAUGUCCAUGUAUGGGUUUCCUCGACAGUUCAUUUAUUACUUGGUGGAGCUCUUGGGGGCAAGUCUUUCUAGACCUACUCAGAGAUCCAGAGCUAUUAGCCCAGAGACACAGAUCCUUGCAGCACUGGGCUUCUAUACUUCAGGUUCCUUCCAGACUCGGAUGGGAGAUGCUAUUGGAAUCAGUCAGGCAUCUAUGAGUCGAUGUGUUGCCAAUGUCACCGAAGCACUUGUGGAAAGAGCCACACAGUUCAUUCGCUUUCCAGCUGAUGAAGCCUCCAUGCAGGCUCUAAAGGAUGAAUUCUAUGGCUUGGCAGGGAUGCCAGGGGUAAUAGGGGUGGUUGACUGUAUCCAUGUGGCAAUCAAGGCACCAAAUGCUGAAGACCUCUCCUAUGUGAACCGCAAAGGUCUGCAUUCUUUGAACUGCCUGAUGGUGUGUGACAUCAGAGGGGCACUAAUGACUGUGGAGACCAACUGGCCAGGCAGCCUACAGGACUAUGCUGUGCUACAGCAGUCUUCCCUCAAUAGUCAUUUUGAAGCUGGAAUGCACAAAGAUAGCUGGCUGCUCGGUGACAGUUCCUUCUUUCUGCGUACUUGGCUCAUGACCCCCCUUCACAUUCCUGAAACUCCAGCCGAAUAUCGUUAUAAUAUGGCCCAUUCUGCAACUCACAGUGUGAUUGAGAAGACUUUCCGAACUCUCUGCUCCCGAUUCCGCUGCCUGGAUGGAUCUAAGGGAGCACUGCAAUACUCACCAGAGAAGUCUAGCCACAUUAUCUUGGCUUGUUGUGUCCUCCACAACAUCUCCCUGGAGCAUGGGAUGGAUGUUUGGUCCUCUCCAAUGACAGGACCCAUGGAACAGCCCCCUGAAGAAGAGUAUGAGCACAUGGAGUCUUUGGACCUAGAGGCUGACCGAAUCCGUCAGGAGCUUAUGCUCACUCAUUUUAGCUAAUGUGAAAGGUGUGGGGGAGGAACUUUCCAGAAGGAGUUGUGACAUACCUUCUCCCUGACCAUCCUCUAGAGAGUUCCAUCAUCUAGCAUGACUGAGUAUGUGGACACUUGUCACAAAUUGACAUUUAAUAUGUGUGUUUUAGAAGGGUUGUGGCUAUGCUAGAAUAUCUUGAUUCAUUUUCAAAUACAUUAGCUAAACCCAAACCAAAACAAUAGUUCCCUGCAAAAGUUCCACAGAACUCCAGGUUGAGCACCACUGACUUGAAAACUCCCUAGUAGCAGACUUGUAUGAUUGUGCCUACAGAAUCAGAACAAAGGGGAAGACGACGUUCAGCCAGAAUGUUUUUUGCUUGUUUAAUUUUCUAGAGUUUUCAAAUGAAAACAGCAUUUGUUUGUCCUGAAUUAUUGGGUGGGUUUUUAGCUUUUCUACUUUGCUGCCUAUAUAGGCAUAAUCUGAGGCAAGUGUAAAGAACACAUUUAAGGUAGGGAAUGGUCUGACAUAAGUUAAGUGGCUACUAAUCUGAGUUUGCAGCUUUGUGUUUUUAAGAUGUUAGGGAUGGCCUGAAGCUUCCAUCUUUAGUCUUUCUGCAGUAGUUGGACUGUGACUUGGACCUGGUUUCUAAGGAGAACAUCUGGACUCCACAAUCUCCUCUUUACAACCCAGAAUAGAAGUUAGAGGCUAAGAACCCAAUCAGCUUAAAGAAGACAAGUCAAAUAUAGAUAAAAUAGCAAGAUUAUACUUUACAUAUCUAAAGACCCUGAUAGAUUGAUGAACAGAGGAGAUUUUACCCAGGUUUUGAAUUCUUUUUUUUUUUAAUUUUUAUUUAUUUAUGAUAGUCACAGAGAGAGAGAGAGAGAGAGAGAGAGAGGCAGAGACACAGGCAGAGGGAGAAGCAGGCUCCAUGCACCCGGAGCCCGACGUGGGAUUCGAUCCCGGGUCUCCAGGAUCGCGCCCUGGGCCAAAGGCAGGUGCCAAACCGCUGCGCCACCCAGGGAUCCCUUUACCCAGGUUUUGAUAGCUCACAUCUAAAUAGAUCACAUUUCUUAUGCUCAUGAUUUUAGAAUGUCUUUUUGGCUAUUAUGCUUUGAAAUUCCUUGUAUAUAAGGAAGAUUUAAGGAAUAAAGGCAUUGUGAAAGUAGUUAAAAAAAAAAGGUAACAAGAAAAUUUCUUGAUGUGAAAUGAAUUUUGGUGUUAGACCUAGUUGGAUAUCUUGUGUGCAAAGUGAUGGGCAGAAUUUCCCAGGCAAUAAAUAAUCUCCCACCAAGUCUUAUUCUAAAAUUGUACUGAUAUAAAAAUAGCCUGAUUGGAAUAAUGAAAGUGUGAAUUAGGUUCACACUUUGGUGCCUUUGCUGGGACAAAAAAGAGAUUUUCUUGAGGAUUGCCUUGUUCCCAGUUUCUCAUCAACUUACCAUGUGAUACCUCAGAAUUGUCCUCUUGGAUCAUUUCCUACCUGCUUUUGGCAGUGUUAAUCUGGUGAUUUUCAAAGUAAAGAAAUGAACAGCUGAUGACAGAAUAAAUUUGGAAAUAAAUUGAGGGUGACUCAUCACCACGA